AAAUCCCUCCGCCAGAGGGCCCUAGCCUCCCUUGCAACAUUCAUGCACUCACUUGCUAGCUCUCUCUCUCUUAUCAUCAUCCUCAUCCUCAUCAUCCUCAUCAUCGUCAGCCAGAACAACAGACACCCCAGUCACAGCACAUGCACAUCACUCAGUUCGUGGCUGGUGUUUGGUGGGCCAAUGCUGUCAAAAUAGUGCCAAGUCCUCAUGACUGCGUGUUAAUUAAUGAGUCGUGAAUGCCUGCACCCAGCUGGACCCAUGGGAAGUGUGAAGUGCGUGAAGAGGUGGUGAUCGGGAUUGACCCCUCCGUGUAGGUAGCGGAUUGCGCUUGGGGCAACUGAUCAUGUUGUUGGAAGUGCUCUUGGUGCUCAGCCUUUUUGCGGCCCAUCCCUCUCAGGUGGGCUCUCAGACCUCGUACACUUGGCGCUUGGAUGCGGACAUGGGGAAAGUCAUGCCCGCUAGUAGCUUCCCGCAGCCACCGCCCAGUCCCCAUGGGCGACGUCAUGGCGGGGAGCCCGUGGAUGAGAAGCUGUUGUUGCAAGAGGCCGUUUUGGACAUCCUCAUGUCGACCAUCACGUCCUCGGAUGGCACUUGGCGGAAGACCUCGCAUGAGAAGGCUUGCUUCCAUUGCGAGAAGCCCAAUGUGGGCGUGGCCCGAAAUAAUCGGGGCGUACCCAUUGACGGCUAUGAUUCGGAUAACCACGCCUCUGAGACGGAUUUAGAUGAUGAGGUCUUGGAGUGCGGCAAACCGGUGAAUUUCACCUACUAUGAUCACUUGGUGGGCAUUCAGAACCGCCACACCCACGCUCAAAUGCCGGAACCCGAGGUGGUCAGUCUGUUCAAGGUGAAGAAGACCGGUCGGAAGAACGCCAAUGGCGAGAGCACGGUCGAGAUCAUUGAGCGACGCCUCAAGAAGUCCAAACGGGACAAGCCCAAGUCCCUGGAGCUGUACAACCAGAUCGGGAACUUCUGGCGGAUCAAAGGCGACACCCGGAAGUCCAUCGAGUGCUUCCGACGCGCUCUGGCCGUGUCACCGAAUAAUGCGGAUAUCCUGCUGAACCUAGCCCGAGUGCUGUUCAAUCUCCAGUAUCUGGACGACGCCAUCUUCUUGACACGACGCUCGCUGGAGGUUCAGCCCCCGGAUCAGAAUGCCUGGCACCAGCACUUCCAAUUGGGCGAGAUCCUCAAGGCUUAUUCGCAUUACCAAGAGGCGGCCCUCCACCUUCGACACGUGCUCGAGUUGAAGCCCAAUUACGAGCCGGCCAUCCUGGCCUUGGAGGAGAUGGAGGCUAUCCCUAACUCGUCGGUGCACCCGUACACGAUCUUCAUCAUCUUGUUCCUCGGUUUCGCCGUGUCCAUGUGGAUCAAGACCACACUGUAUGCCUCCCAGGGACCCGAGGAAAACGGUCACGUGCCCAAUGGGCGUGGCCGACUCAAGAUGUUUCAGCGCCAAAGACGCUAAUGAAAUCAUCGGAUUCAUGAUGAUAACAACGAUGAUAAUAAUAAUAAUAAUAAUAAUGAUAAUAUAUUAAUUAUUAUUCACGUUUGGACUCGCCCAUCUGGUUGGUCACAGCCCCGUGGAUUCGAAAAACCAAACCUUUUGAUCUAGUCCUACACGAUAUUUGCUCCCAUUGGCCCUCAAAGUGUCUCCCCCUUUGACCGGCCCUCCGACUCAUUCCAUGAAAUCAAUGUGUACCACUCGAUGACCUGUGUUGGGCAUUGUUUUUUCAAAUACAUAUAUCAUAUCAA